AUGGAUCAAGCGACAAAAAGGCCAAGAGACGGAGGCUUGAAUGAUCCUAGAUUAGGUUCUAUUGAUCGUAAUUUCAAGUGUCAGACCUGUGGUGAAGAUAUGGCCGAAUGUCCCGGACAUUUUGGUCACAUCGAGUUGGCAAAGCCUGUAUUCCACAUUGGUUUUAUUGCCAAAAUUAAGAAAGUUUGCGAAUGUGUGUGUAUGCAUUGUGGUAAGCUUUUGGUGGAUGAUACUAACCCACUAAUGGCCCAGGCCAUUAAGAUCAGAGAUCCAAAAAAGAGAUUCAACGCUGUGUGGAACGUCUGCAAAACAAAAAUGGUUUGCGAGGCUGAUAUCAUCAACGAAGAAGGUGAAGUUACCUCUGGAAGGGGAGGAUGUGGUCAUACCCAGCCCACUGUUCGUAGAGACGGUUUGAAAUUGUGGGGUACUUGGAAACAAAACAAAAGUUUCGACGAAAGCGAACAACCAGAGCGUCGUUUGUUGACUCCGUCGGAAAUUUUGAGUGUUUUCAAACACAUCAGCUCUGAAGACUGCCAUAGAUUGGGUUUCAACGAAGACUAUGCAAGACCAGAGUGGAUGUUAAUUACAGUUUUGCCCGUUCCUCCCCCACCAGUGAGACCUUCCAUUGCUUUCAACGAUACGGCAAGAGGCGAAGAUGACUUGACAUUUAAGUUGGCUGAUAUCAUCAAGGCCAACAUCAAUGUCCAGCGUCUUGAAAUGGAUGGUUCACCUCAGCAUGUCAUCAGUGAAUUCGAAGCAUUGUUGCAGUUCCACGUGGCGACUUACAUGGAUAACGAUAUUGCUGGUCAACCACAGGCCCUUCAAAAGACGGGUCGUCCUAUCAAAUCCAUUAGAGCCAGAUUGAAGGGUAAGGAAGGUAGAUUGAGAGGCAACUUGAUGGGUAAGCGUGUGGAUUUUUCUGCUCGUACUGUCAUUUCCGGUGACCCUAAUCUUGAUCUUGAUCAGGUUGGUGUUCCAUUGUCGAUUGCAAGAACCUUGACUUAUCCCGAAAUCGUCACUCCAUACAAUAUCCACCGCUUAACUGAAUACGUCCGCAAUGGUCCAAACGAACACCCAGGUGCCAAAUAUGUCAUUCGUGAUACAGGAGACCGUAUUGAUUUGAGAUACAACAAACGAGCUGGUGAUAUUGCUUUGCAAUACGGCUGGAAAGUGGAACGUCACUUAAUGGAUGAUGAUCCAGUGUUAUUCAACCGUCAGCCCUCCUUGCACAAGAUGUCUAUGAUGGCUCAUAGAGUCAAAGUUAUGCCGUACUCCACAUUUAGAUUGAACUUGUCUGUCACAUCGCCAUACAAUGCAGAUUUCGAUGGUGAUGAAAUGAACUUGCAUGUUCCACAAUCGCAGGAGACAAGAGCUGAAUUGUCCCAAAUUUGUGCUGUUCCAUUGCAGAUCGUUUCUCCACAAUCCAAUAAGCCUGUUAUGGGUAUUGUGCAAGAUACCUUGUGUGGUAUUCGUAAAAUGACGUUACGUGAUAUUUUCAUUGAGUACGAGCAGGUGAUGAACAUGUUGUAUUGGAUUCCAAACUGGGACGGUGUUAUACCACCUCCUGCAAUUAUCAAACCCAAGCCUUUGUGGUCCGGGAAACAAAUCUUGUCGAUGGCUAUUCCAAAAGGUAUUCACUUACAAAGAUUUGACGAUGGCAAUGAUAUGCUCAGUCCUAAGGAUAAAGGUAUCUUGAUUGUUGAUGGUGAAAUUAUCUUUGGUGUCGUCGAUAAGAAAACAGUCGGUGCCACUGGUGGAGGUUUGAUUCAUACCGUCAUGAGAGAAAAGGGUUCACAAGUAUGUGCACAAUUAUUCAGUUCCAUACAGAAGGUUGUGAACUACUGGCUUUUGCAUAAUGGUUUCUCCAUUGGUAUAGGUGAUACUAUUGCCGAUAAAGAUACCAUGAGGGAUGUUACCACAACGAUUCAAGAGGCUAAACAAAAAGUGCAAGAAAUUAUUAUGGACGCACAGCAGAAUAGAUUAGAACCAGAGCCUGGUAUGACAUUGAGAGAAUCGUUUGAGCACAAUGUUUCUCGUGUUUUGAACCAGGCUCGUGAUACAGCUGGUCGUUCGGCAGAAAUGAACUUGAAGGACUUAAACAAUGUGAAGCAGAUGGUCACAUCUGGUUCCAAGGGUUCGUUUAUUAAUAUCUCCCAAAUGUCGGCGUGUGUGGGUCAGCAAAUUGUCGAAGGUAAACGUAUUCCAUUUGGUUUCGCAGACCGUACUUUGCCACAUUUCACUAAAGAUGACUACUCUCCUGAGUCUAAGGGUUUCGUGGAAAACUCGUAUUUGAGAGGCUUGACCCCUCAAGAGUUUUUCUUCCACGCCAUGGCUGGUAGAGAGGGUCUUAUUGAUACUGCUGUCAAGACUGCAGAGACUGGUUACAUUCAACGUCGUUUGGUCAAGGCUUUAGAGGAUAUUAUGGUCCAUUAUGAUGGUACAACUAGAAACUCCUUGGGUGAUAUCAUUCAAUUUGUCUAUGGUGAAGACGGUAUUGAUGGUACUGCUGUCGAAAAGCAAUCAGUGGAUACCAUUCCAGGUUCAGAUGCUAAGUUCGAGAAGCGUUACCGUAUUGACUUGCUAGAUCCAAGUAAGUCCAUUUCCGAAUCUUUACUUGAUUCAGGAAAGGAGAUUAAGGGUGAUGUGAAGUUGCAGAAGGUUUUGGAUUCAGAAUACGAACAGUUGCUUAAGGAUCGUAAGUACUUGAGAGAGGUAUGUUUUCCAAACGGUGACUUCAACUGGCCUUUACCUGUCAACUUGCGUCGUAUUAUACAGAAUGCUCAGCAGAUUUUCCAUAGUGGUCGUCAAAGAGCCUCUGAUUUGAAGCUUGAUGAGAUUGUCGAAGGCGUUAAAGCUCUCUGCAGCAAGCUUCUUGUGAUCCGUGGUAAGUCUCGUCUCGCGAAGGAAGCACAGGAAGAUGCAACAUUGUUGUUCCAAUGUCUUGUUCGUUCAAGAUUAGCAGCACGCAGAAUUAUAGAGGAGUUUAAAUUGAGCAGAAUCUCUUUUGAAUGGGUUUGUGGUGAAAUUGAGACUCAAUUCCAGAAGUCGAUUGUUCACCCAGGUGAAAUGGUUGGUGUUAUUGCCGCACAAUCUAUCGGUGAACCGGCUACACAGAUGACGUUGAAUACAUUCCAUUAUGCCGGUGUGUCGUCCAAGAAUGUUACAUUGGGUGUUCCUCGUCUUAAGGAAAUUCUUAACGUGGCAAAGAACAUCAAAACACCGGCACUUACUGUGUACUUAGAUCCCGAGAUCGCAUCAGAUAUUGAGAAAGCCAAGGUUGUGCAGUCUGCGAUCGAGCACACGACGUUGAAGAAUGUCACUUCUGCUACUGAAAUUUUCUACGAUCCAGAUCCAAGAAGCACAGUUAUUGAAGAGGAUUACGAUACUGUCGAAGCUUACUUUGCUAUUCCGGAUGAAAAGGUUGAAGAAACAAUUGACAAUCAAUCUCCAUGGUUGCUUCGUCUUGAAUUGGACAGAGCUAAAAUGUUGGACAAGCAGUUGACAAUGGCCCAAGUUGCAGAGAAGAUUUCUCAAAACUUCGGUGAAGAUUUGUUCGUUAUUUGGUCUGAUGAUACUGCUGAUAAAUUGAUUAUCCGUUGUCGUGUUAUCCGCGAUCCAAAAUUGGAAGAAGAGGGUGACCACGAGGAAGAUCAAAUCUUGAAGCGCGUGGAAGCACAUAUGCUCGAGUCUAUCUCAUUACGUGGUAUUCCAGGUAUCACGAGAGUUUUCAUGAUGCAACACAAGAUGAGCACUCCUGAUGAAAGCGGUGAAUUUUCGCAGAAACAGGAGUGGGUUUUAGAAACUGAUGGUGUGAACUUAGCUGAAGUCAUUGCCGUACCUGGUGUGGAUUCUUCUCGUACCUACUCUAACAAUUUCAUUGAAAUUUUGUCUGUGUUGGGUAUCGAGGCUACACGUUCCGCCUUGUACAAGGAGAUUCUUAAUGUCAUUGCUUUCGAUGGUUCUUAUGUGAACUACCGUCAUAUGGCGUUGUUAGUCGAUGUUAUGACUUCUCGUGGCCACUUGAUGGCAAGAACACGUCACGGUAUCAACAGAGCAGAAACUGGUGCUUUAAUGAGAUGUUCUUUUCGAAGAAACGGUCGAGAUUCUUUUGGAUGCUGGUGCAGCUGCCCGAGUUGGGAUGAUUGUCGUGGUAUUUCUGAAAACGUCAUCUUUGGGUCAAAUGCCUCCUUUAGGUACUGGUGCAUUUGA